GUUGGAGGCCAGGCUCCUGAAAUCUUUCUCUAGUCCUGAUUUCCCCCACAGGCCAAAAGCAGAAGAGAUCUUACUGGACCCUCUCACCCCUGGCCCACAUAGGUAAUAGGAUGUAUUGAUUCAGGCAGCUGCUCUCCUACUUGCAUUUACACUCGUGAAAUGCCAUAUAUCACACUGACAUUGGGCUCUUUAUUUGGGGAAAUUUUACAGCCUUUAUUUUUUCAAGUAAACAUUUUAAGCAUUUCAGAAAGAAUUGGUUUUGGAUAACAAGUUUUCUUCUAAGAUAAUAGAAGGUGUUUGAAGAAGUUUGUAUACUUAAGCCAUUUAUCUAUUUACAUUUCAUGCUACACUAACUAAAAUUUUUUUUCUGUUUUUAAAAAGGAAAAUGAAAGAUUGUAUAAUCAAGUAAAAGCUCUUCAAGAACAAAAUAAGAAAAAUGAGGAGCAAGUGUUUAAGGAAAAUCAGAAUUUAUUCAGCGAGUUAGCUUCUCUAAAAGAACAGAUGCACAAAAGUGGUUCCCUGUCUCAAGUAGUUGAAGAUGCAGAGCCCACCAGAAACCAGAGUUUUACAGAUCUAGCAGAGGUACGGGAAACACAGAAAGAAAAGAACAGUCUGUUGGAAAACAUCAAAAGACUGAAGCAAGACAAACAAGCUCUUGAAGUAGACUUGGAAAAAGUGAAGAAAGAAAGAGACCAAGCCAGAGAUCAGCUUGCUUUUGCCACAGGUGAAAAAUUAUAUGAAAUAAAAAUUUUAGAAGAAACACAUAAGCAAGAAAUCUUUCAUCUUCAAAAAAGAUUAGAGUGGUAUGCCGAACAUCAGGACCUUCUAGAUAGAGACACAUUGUGUCUGAAAGAAGCAAACGAAGAAAUUGAGAAGCUCAAACUUGAG